GGCUCUCUCGCUGAUGUAACACUUGAGGGUUGAGGCAGAGUAACACGUGCGUGGGCACUGGGCAGGCAAGAACUCGGUCACCUGGUUCGGACCCAUGCCGACGGUGACCCUCACCGAGCCGGAGCUGGUGCGCCAGGUGCUGUCCAACAAGUUCGGCCACUUCGAGAAGGUCAACUUCGGGCAGCUCACGCGGCUCCUGCACAACGGCCUGAGCAGCCACGAGGGCGACAAGUGGGCCAAGCACCGGAGGAUCAUCAAGCCCGCCUUCCACCUCGAGAAGCUCAAGCUCAUGCUACCGGCCUUCGCAGCGUGCUGCGCCGACAUGGUGAGCAGAUGGGAGGGCUUGGUCGCUGCGGCGGCCGGCGAGCCAUGCGAGGUGGACGUCUGGCCGGAGAUGCAGAGGCUGACCGGGGACGUCAUCUCCCGCGCCGCCUUCGGCAGCAGCUACCUCGAAGGCAGGAGGAUCUUCGAGCUCCAGGGGGAGCAGGUGCGGCUGGGCACGCUCAUCGCCAACAAGAUACACAUCCCGGGUUACAUGAUGCUUCCGACAAGGAUCAACCGGCGGAUGAAGCGGAUCGCGGCGGAGAUCGAGGGGAUCCUGCGAGGGAUGAUCGCGAACAGAGAGAGCGCGCUGAGGGCAGGCAAGGCGGCGAGCGACGACCUCCUCGGCCUGCUGCUGGAGUCCAACAUGGAACAGCUCAGGGCCAGUAACGGCGGCGGGCGCGGGACGAGCUCCGGCGGCGGUGGCAUGACCAGCGACGACGUCAUCGGGGAGUGCAAGCUGUUCUACUUCGCCGGCAUGGAGACCUCGGCGGUGCUGCUCACGUGGACCACGGUGCUGCUCUCCAUGCACCAGGACUGGCAGGACCGCGCCAGGGAAGAGGUGCGCCGCGUCUUCGGCGGCGGCGCCGGAGUGCCAGACUACGACGGCCUCAGCCGGCUCAAAAUCGUGACCAUGGUGCUGCACGAGGUGUUGCGGCUCUACACGCCGCUGCCGGCGAUACCCCGGCGGACGUACAAGCCGACGGAGCUCGGGGGCGUCAGGUACCCGGCGGGCGUGAUGCUCAUGCUGCCGACGCUGUACAUCCACCACGACAAGGACGUGUGGGGGCCGGACGCCGACGAGUUCAGGCCGGAGAGGUUCGCCGAGGGGGUCGCCAGGGCGUCCGCCGGGGACGCGCCGGCGUUCUUCCCGUUCGGCGGGGGACCUCGGACCUGCAUCGGCCAGACCUUCGCGCUGCUAGAGGCCAAGAUGUGGCUCGCCGUGAUGCUAGCCAACUUCGCGUUCGAGCUCUCCCCGUCCUACUCGCACACACCGUUCCCAGUCGGCCUGCUCAGGCCGGAGCACGGCGCGCAGGUCAAGCUCAGGAAGCUCCCAUGAGCGGCUUGUUGUGAUCAAGCUCAGUUGCGUUGUCGUGCCGUGCAUGAGCCCAUGUUGUGGCUGUGUGCCAUGCACGAUCGUGUAAGCCAGUGACACUGGUAUAUUGUGACGACAUAAGCCCACAGCUGAACGGGAUCAAAACUGAGAAUGCUGGCUCUAUAUACAAUUUCUAGGAGAUACGCUUCUUCCAAACUCAUGUAAGAAUUUCGUAGGCUCCCUC